AUGGUGUUUAGCGAGAGAAAAGGCCUGGUAACCUGGCAGUUGCUCCUCUCAUUUAUUCUCCACGCAGCCUGGAAGGUGGGGAACGGCCAAGUCCAUUAUUCGGUUCCAGAGGAAGCGAAACACGGUACGUUUGUGGGGCGAAUCGCGCAAGAUCUGGGUCUGGAGGUCGGGGAGCUUGUUCCGAGGCUGUUCCGGGUGGUGUCCAAGGGCCGAAGGGACUACUUGGAGGUAAAUGUGCAGAACGGCAUUUUGUUCGUGAAUUCUCGGAUCGACCGUGAGGAACUGUGCGGCCGCAGCCCUGUUUGUAGCAUCCAUCUGGAGGUGAUCGUGGACAAGCCACUUCAGGUUUUCCAUGUGGAGGUGGAGAUCAAGGACAUUAAUGACAAUCCGCCAGUGUUCUCCGUAACACAAAAGAAUCUGAUUAUUGCCGAAUCGAGGUUGCUUGACUCUCAAUUUCCUCUAGAGGGCGCGUCCGACGCAGAUAUCGGAGCGAACUCUCUCUUAACUUACAGACUCAGUCCUAAUGAGUAUUUCAUUCUAGAUAUAAAAAAUAACGAGGAGGAAAUUAAACUUGUAUUAAAAAAACACCUAGACAGAGAAGAAACACCAGAACUUCACUUAUUGCUUACAGUCACGGAUGGGGGCAAACCAGAACUAAGUGGAACAGUUCAGCUGCUGAUCACUGUUCUGGAUGUCAAUGAUAAUGCCCCGGAAUUUGACAAAACACUCUAUAAGGUGAAACUGGAAGAAAAUGCAGCUAACGGAACGCCCGUAAUUCAACUAAAUGCUACAGAUUUAGAUGAAGGAUCAAACUGUCAAAUUACUUAUUCAUUCACAAGUGAUAUUUCUCCAGAUGUAGAGGCCAAGUUCCAUAUAGACCCAGUAAGUGGAAUUAUAAAAGUAAAGGGGUAUGUUGAUUUCGAGGAAAUUAAAUUAUACAAAAUUCAGGUAGAAGCUACUGACAAAGGGACUCCCCAUUUGGUUGGUCAUUGCAGGGUCCUGGUGGAAAUUCUGGACAUCAAUGAUAAUACCCCUGAAAUAGUGGUGACAUCCUUGUCAUUGCCGGUCAGAGAGGAUGCCCCACCAGGAACUGUCAUAGCUCUCAUCAGCGUGUCCGACAGAGACUCAGGCCCUAAUGGGCAAGUGACUUGCUCUCUCUUGCCCGAGGGACCAUUCAAAUUGGUGUCCACCUUUAAGAAUUACUACUCUCUCGUUUUGGAAGGUCCCAUAGACCGGGAAAGCGUGCCAGCCUAUGAGCUUGUGGUAACUGCGAGGGAUAGUGGGAUGCCAGCACUGCGAAGCGCUGCCAGGGUAUCUGUGGGCAUUGGCGAUGUGAACGACAACGCACCGGCCUUCGAGCAACCUGUGUACACCGUAUUUGUGAAGGAGAACAACCCGCCAGGCUGUCACAUCUUCACAGUAUCUGCUUCUGAUUCGGAUUCUCAGGAGAACGCGCUUGUGUCUUACUCCCUGGUGGAACGGAGAGUAGGGGAACGACCUCUGUCAAGCUAUGUAUCUGUGCAUUCGGAGAGCGGCAAAGUGUACGCGUUACAACCCUUAGACCAUGAAGAACUAGAACUGCUUCAGUUUCAAGUGAGCGCCAGAGAUGCGGGGUUUCCUCCUCUAGGCAGCAAUGUGAGCCUCCAAGUAUUUGUGCUGGAUGAAAACGACAACACACCAUCGGUGCUACCCUCUCAUGCGGGUUCUGGGGCAAGUGGGGGCCCAGUGAACGAGCUGGUGUCACAGUCUGUAGCUGCAGGACACGUGGUGGCAAAGAUUCGGGCUGUGGACGCGGAUUCAGGCUACAAUGCGUGGUUAUCUUAUGAGCUGUUGCCCAAAAUGGGCGUUGGGCUUAGCCCUUUUCGAGUGGGUCUGUACACUGGAGAAAUCAGCACCACUCGAGAUCUAGAGGAAUCAGAUUCAGGAAAGCAAACAUUGCUGGUGCUGGUGAAAGACCAUGGUGAACCUAUGUUGUCUGUCACAGCCACUGUGAUCGUGUCUGUAGUGGAAAGUGGAUUAUCCUCGAGGACUUUUUCUGGAGCAUCCAGGUCUACUAGUUCUGCAGGCUCAGGAAAGGAGGCAAUUUUGGUAGAUGUGAACGUAUAUUUGAUCAUUGCUAUCUGCUCUGUAUCCAGCCUCUUAGUGCUUAGCCUUCUGCUAUAUGUAUUGCUUCGGUGUGCAGCACCCCAAAGGGGUGAGUACAGGAAUGGGAAUCCCACAAUGGUGUGCUCUAGUGGGAUGGAAAGCUGGUCGAAUUCCCAGCAGCGGCGCCAGAAAGGUUUAUCUGGAGAAGGCGCACCCAAGAACGACCUUAUGGCUUUUAGCCCCAACUUUCCUCCUUGUCCUGGCUCUGUGCAUAAAGGGGAACAGAAGGAAGCAAGUGCAAAUUCCUCUGACAAGGUGGGUUAUUUGAAAUAUUUUGUGUGUUGUCACAAUACUAGCUUGGGUCAGGUGGAGUUUGUUUUUUCAUAA